AUGGCAUACUGUUUACCGUUAGAGGUCGUUGACUGUUUUGAGCUCAACGUGGAUGAAACUACACAGGCCCGCCACGCAAGACAAGUCCCGUCCACGACAGGAGCUGUUCUGCCGGAGGACAGCUUUCCAUCCAAUAUUUGGUCAGACGUAGAAGUCACGGACGUGAGGCUGCCUACCUCCCUCCGACCACUGCACUAUCUGGUUCACCUUCAGCCUUUCGUCAGGGGCAAUUUUAGCAUCGCAGGCUAUGUGGAGGUGGAGGUGGAGGUAGUGAAGGAGACCUCUAUCUUCACUUUCCACAUGGCAGACAUCAUCACCCACAAUGACACAGUCAAGAUAGUGGAUGCUACUAGCCGAAAUGAGAAGGGCGUGGGCAUCUUGAAGCAGACGUAUGACAAUCAGCGCCAGUUUUACAUUGCCUACCUCCAAUAUCCACUAACUUGGGGUCGCCGAUAUGUGAUGUCUAUGGAAUUCACAGGUUGCCUCAACGAUCAGACGCGUGGCUUCUACAGAUCAUCAUACAAAGACACAAACGCCACAGAGAGGUACGUACGAAUAGAAGGUGUUAAAUGCACCUGUUUACUGUGCCACAGGUGGCUUGCCGUGACACAGUUCCUGCCGACAGAUGCCCGCCGAGCCUUCCCGUGCUUCGACGAGCCGGCCAUGAAAGCCACGUUUGAGGUGUUCCUGGCGAGGGAGACAGACAUGUCCGCCAUCUCCAACAUGCCCAAAAUAAACAGCUGGCCAGUAGAAGGUCAGCAGGGGUGGAUGUGGGACCAUUUCAACACCAGUGUCCCCAUGUCCACCUACCUUGUGGCAUUCCUUGUGUCUGACUUCACGACGAUGGAAGUUGUCACAGAAAACGGCAUGUCCUUGAGGGCGUGGGCACGAGAGGCUGCCAUCAACCAGGCAAAAUACUCACUUGAAACCGCUACAGACAUCCUCACCUUCUUUGAGGACUACUUCGGUAUCCCAUAUCCACUUCCGAAACAAGACAUGACUGCCAUACCAGAUUUCGCCACAGACGCCAUGAAAAACUGGGGCCUUAUCACCUACAGGGAGACUUCAAUGCUUUAUGACCCGAAGGUGUCUUCAGCCUACAACAAACAGCGAGUAACAACAUUUGUGGCACACGAGCUGUCUCACCAGUGGUUUGGGAACCUGGUAACUCCUAAAUGGUGGACAGAUAUGUGGCUCAGUGAGGGUUUUGCAAGCUUCAUGGAGUAUGUGGGCGCUGACCAUGCUGAGCCAGAGUGGCAAAUGAUGGAUCAGUUCAUCGUGAUAGACUUACACAGGGUUUUCAGACUUGAUUGCCUUGAGUCUUCCCAUCCCAUCAGCAUCCCUGUUGGUCAUCCUGAUGAGAUAUACGAGAUAUUUGAUACCAUCACUUACUCCAAAGGUGAGGCCGUAUUUAUCAAGCAGUGCUUCAAUAGUCCGAAUGAUAAAACUAUAGAAAUGUUCAUUAAUUUUGAUAUCCCAGUUCAUUCUUUCUUUGUCUUUCCAUCUCUAUAUUAUGGAGCAUAUGCUAACUUGUUUAAAACUCUAUUACAAUUCCUAAGUACCAAGCAUGAGAAAGGAAAAUAUAAUGUGAUUUAUUUAACGUCAGUUUAUUCUUCCUUUCCCUUCCCAUCACAACAAAGAGCAUAUGCCAAUGCAGAGCAGGAUAAUCUGUGGGACUUGCUGACACAAGCUGCUCAUCAGGACUUCACACUUACCAAGUACAUCACCGUCAAGACUGCCAUGGAAACAUGGACACUACAGAUGGGCUAUCCUGUGAUCAAAGUCAUCAGAAGUGCCGAUGGAACGUCGGCCACAGUCACACAGGAGCGGUUCCUGUUGAGGAAAGACGCCAAGUCCACUGACGCUCAAGUCUACAGGUGGUGGGUGCCACUCUCCUACACCACACAGGCCACUGCUGACUUCAGCAAGACAGCACCCUCCAGGUGGCUCUCAAAGACUGACUCUAAGAUCACGAUCCGGUCCCUCCCAGAUAGCAGGCAGUGGGUGAUAUUCAAUGUACAGGAGACUGGCUACUACAGAGUCAACUACGACGACAACAACUGGGAGCUGCUGAUCAAGCAGCUCAAAGCCGAUCACACCAAGAUCCACGUCAACAACCGCGCGCAGCUCAUAGAUGACGCACUCAACUUGGCACGAGCGGGUCAGUUAUCAUAUUCCUUGUCAAUGAACCUGAUUGCAUACCUAAAGAAGGAAACCUCAUACGUACCAUGGGCUACUGCUCUGGACAACUUGGCGUACAUUCAUAAACUUUUCUCCCAUAAUGGAGCUUAUGGAGCUCUGAAGGUGAAUGGAGCACUAUUUCACUGCAUUAUUUGAAAAUCAGAUUCGAAGUCAAACACGAAUAAUUCAUGAGUUCAGAAUUCACAUCAUACACCAUCUCAGCAUGGUCACAGCAAACAUUCUCUUUCACUACAUUAACUAGCCCAUUACCCUCAGAAUUUCUUACUCCGUCUGCUUGAGCCGCUGUACAAGUCUGUUGGGUUUCAAGACUCUCUAACUGACCCUCAUCUUGAUCAGCACAAAAGAGCAAAGAUGCUCAGUUGGGCCUGCAAGCUGGGUCAUGAAGACUGUGUCACCCAGUCUGUCAGCCUCUUCAGUCAGUGGAUGAUGAACCCAAUGAACAAAAGGUGAAAGCACAUUGAAAGGAGGAGUGAAAUAAUCUUUAAAGCAUUCUGUAAACACAGUCAUGAACUUUUCCUUCCUUCCUUUGUAGGACCAAUAAAAUAAGUCAUAGUCACGAAAUACUAAACAGAAUCCUUAGAAUCACAAUUUUCAGCAUCAUCUCCCCAAACCUGAGGGAUGUGGUGUACUGCACUGCCAUAGCUGCUGGUAAGGACAAGGAAUGGGAGUUUGCAUGGAAUCAGUACCUCAACUCAAAUGUUGGCUCUGAAACGAGCAGACUGCUCUCGGCUUUGGGGUGCUCCAGGGAGAAGUGGAUUCUGUCAAGGUGAGAUGAUGAUAUUCCACCACAGGACAUCAGGUCCAUGUAGAAAAGUAUGAUGCAUUAAGCAACAACAAAGCCUGUUUCCAACCAUUGUGCACUUGUUUGAUUUUCGUAAAUAGUGUUCUCCGGUGAGUUUGGUGCGUUCUACUUGAAUGAUGCCCAAGGUCAUUUAAGCAGGAUAAUAGCUAAUAUUUUGUGAGCUUUCCAUUCCUACACUUCUCUGAAUGAGCGAGAAGGCUGUCAGCGAGCACCAUAAGAUGUACCACGUCAAAAUUCUCCGGUCAUGAAGUUCUGCUUGAAGGUUGGGCACCGUUAAGCACUCGUGGCCGUCUCCGAUCCUUAUUUUUUUUUACCUUCAAACUAAAUAAUACAAAUA